AUGCGCCAUGGACUGACCAAGUUCUCACAGGAGGACGAGGUCAGAGGUAAUCUUCGAUUAGCCAGGAAAGUAGCGCCCAGAGGAGAGAGAGAGAAUGAGCUCAAUAUUAUUACAAUAUCAAACCAAACCAAAACAACACCAAAACACAACACCAAACACUCUAAUAUGCCUUCCAAGACUAUUAGCAUGAAGGGCGUCAAGUUGGUCGGCAAGGCUCGUACCAAUGACGGACAAACUGCGAGUACAGUGUGUUAUCCACAGUUAAAUUCAACACGAACAGCCCAAGAUUUUUGGGUUCAAUGUCAGCAUUUUCUCUAUCCGUUAGAAGACCAGACCCGAAUAGGGUACUGGAAGAACCUAAUGUGGCUACGCCACGCACGCGCAAUUUCUACUAUUUUGGAAAAAAACGUGCUCGUCGCGCAGCGCGAUUAG